GCCCGGCAUCAUGUCGUCACGCAAGGCUGUUCCCAAUGUAGAAACUGCUAAGGGCUUGCAUUUCAGUCACUCUCAUUUUAUUUAUACCAUGAAAUCCUAUUGCAUUUCAAAGCAUUUUUUGCGUGUUCCAAGGCCAUUUGCACGGCUAAAUGGUCUCACGAACAGGAGAUGUGCGAUAAUUAUAAGAGACGAGCAAAGGUCAUGGACAUUUUGUCUAUAUUCCUCUGGCUAUGAAACCAACAUUGGAGGUGGAUGGCGUAACUUCUGCUUUGCAAAUUGCUUAAAGGAAGGAGAUCGGCUAAUGUUUGAGAUAAUAGCCAAUGGAGAGAAGCCUAUAUUGAAGUUUCGUGAUUUGAGAGGAAAUGCGUCACUCCAGCCGGACGGAAAGAAGACUAAUUUGGAUUCUGAGAGAGUUUCCACUCAAGAUUUGAGGGGAAAUACGUCUCUCCAUCCCGAAGGUAACAAGACUAAUUUGCAUGCUAGAAGAGUUUCCACUGGAGAAAAUCCAAAGCCCAACAUCAUGUCGUCAGGCAAGGCUGUUCCCGAUGUAGAAUCUGCUGCUAAGGGCUUGCAUCUCAGUCAGUCUCAUUUUAUUUGUACCAUGAAAUCCUAUUGCCUUUCAAAGUCUUUCCUGCGUGUUCCAAGCCCAUUUGCAAGGCUAAAUGGUCUCAACACCAGGAAAUGUACGAUAGCGAUAAGAGACGAGCAAAGGUCAUGGACGUUUAGUCUAUAUUCCUGUAGCUGUGGCACCUUCAUUGGAGGUGGAUGGCGUAAGUUCUGCAUUGCAAAUUGCUUAAAGGAAGGAGAUCGCCUAAUGUUUGAGAUAAUAGCCAAUGGAGAGAAGCCUAUGCUGAAGUUUCGAGGCAAGUUUCUCAUCUAAACCCUUCUCUUAAAAUUUCAUCCAUAGUUUUUUUUACAUUUAUCUGUUUCUUCCUUUAAGUAUAAAUACAAUGACAUAAUAUUUUUUCAUACGGAUCCUCCCCAGUUCUUUAAAGCUUCUCUUUGUUACAGUUCUUAUGUCUUCAGAUGUAGUUUCUAUUACCUGAAUUUUAAAAUAGGCAUAAUAAUAAACAGGCGCUCAAACUUGGCCUCAGCUGGCAAGUAAGCACUCCAACUUUGGGAGUGCACAUAUAGACACCUCAACUUGUCCCCGCUGUGUCUCAUGGACACCCGAUGCUGACAUGGCACAUCAAUUUUGGAGGUGUCUAGACUAAGUUAGAGUGUUCAACCAACAUAGUGGAGACGA